AUGUUAGACUUUUUACCUAGUGUGAUCCAGGAUCCUUUUGAAAGCUAUAGGCCAUUUCCAAAAAUCCCAGACAAUUUGUUUGCGGCACAUUGGCAUGAGAUUGUUGGUGCUGCUAUUUUCUACUUUACAAUUCAAGCGACGGUUAAACCAUUGGCGACUUUAAUUUUAGGAAAAACAUAUACCACGUUACCAAAAAAAACCCGAAUUGAUUUUGACAUUCACAUUGUUUCAAUGGUCCAGUGCAUUGUAUCCAUUGUACUUACGUUUUAUCAUUUCAACAAUCCACACUGGCAAAAUAGAUCAAAUGACCCAGUGAAUUCACUUUUGGGAUCUACUCCAUUCGGUGGAAUGGUUGGAGCUGUUUCUGCUGGGUAUUUUAUUUGGGAUAUAUGGGUCUGCGCUCGAUAUUUUGAUAUUUUUGGUGUUGGCUUUUUGCUUCACGGAGGUGCUGCUUUGUUUGGUAUGAUUUGUACACUUAUACCGUAUUGCCAACCCUGGACCGCCAGCUUUCUUGCAUUUGAGAUUAGCACUCCAUUUGUUAACUUGAAUUGGUUUGCUUCUCGAAUGCCAGAAGGAACUUUCAGUGACAGCUUUGUCAUUAUCAAUGGCCUUUUGUUGAUGGUUGUAUUUUUCUUUAUCAGAAUUAUUUGGGGUUUUUAUGCAAUUGCUCAAUUGGCCAUCGAUAUGACUUACUCAUUAGACCAGAUUAACAACUUUAUACCAGCAACACUCUUGGUUCUAAAUUUUGGGUUGGACGUUUUGAACGUUUUUUGGUUUUACAAAAUGGUCAGAAUUGCUAGAAAGAAGGCAUCGAAGAGAUCACCAGAUAAAAAGACAGAUUAA